GCGGUGUGGGCAGCCUGAAGCCGGUGACCUGGGACUGGGCUCCCAGCGGCGGAGCGGAGCACGGCGACCGCGGGGAAGCUGGACGCGGGCGGCAUGGAGGACGACGAGGAGGAGGAGAUCACCGCCGCCUCGCUGCGGUGCAGGCCCCCGCCGCUGCCCCUGUCGGCGCUGUCCGCCUUCCACUACGUCCCGCCGCGGCGCCAGGACCCCAAGGAGCACAGCUACUUCAACCGCCAGAGCCAGACAGGAAUCAUUUCCCUCUAUGACUGUAUUUUUAAGAGGAACCCAGGAUAUAAUCAGAAAUUGCACCGAGAUGACAGAGAGCAUGCGAAGGGCCUGGGACUUCAUAUUAAUGAGGAGGAGCAGGAGAGGCCCGUCGGGGUGCUGAUGUCAUCUGUCUACGGGAAGCGCAUCCACCAGCCAGUGGAGCCUCUGAACCUGGAGCACGGCCGCGCCAACCAUUUGAAGGCCGACUUCAACAGGAAGAAUGAGAUCCCCGGCUUCAAGGAUCCUGGCUUUGGGCACAUUUCUCCAGUGUGACAGUUCUCCUGUGAAAUUAUUUCAGAUGAAAUGAUGCUGGGGACUGAUCCACUGGGAGCACCUGAAUAAAAUGCAGACUUGGUUCUUA